AUGUCUCUAAUGAAUUCUCCCCCAACAUCACCAAUCAAAUUGAAACGAAAUAGAAGAUUCCAACAACAGAAUCAAUUAUCCAUUCAUCAAUUGUUGGAUAUCAUACUAGACCAAGAUGUUCAAUUGAAUCAUCUGCUACGGUCCACUGCGCCAGUGACAACCCAUUCCAAACAGACGUUGUUAUUACCCAAUAUUGUAUCUUUAGAUGACCUCAAAUCUACUAUUUCUGAUAAGGAGAUUCUUCUCUAUCAUAAUAUGAACUGCCGAAUUAUUGAAUUUGCUUCGGAUAAAGUCAUAAAGACUAUUUCCAACACCGGUAAUAAUAAUUCUAGUUAUCGUUCCAAAUUACGCCUAUUGCAUGAAGGGUUGAUACUUUAUUAUAUAAAAUUGCAUUCAAAGAUAAGUAAUAAUAUCAUUCAACUCGAUAAAUUUAUUAAUAUUCCACAUAAUAAUAUUCCAGGGCUACUCUUACCUAAAUAUGAUUCAAGUCUAUACGAUUAUAUUCGUAAGAAUACAUCUAUGCCAUUGGACGAUAAAAAAUCCAUUUGGUAUAAAUUAUUUAAUAAUAUGUUAAAUUCGUUGAAAACUUUGAAAGAUUUAAACAUAAUACAUUUGGAUAUUAAAACUUCCAACGUCUUGGUUGAUCUUGACAAAGCAGAAUUCUAUUUGACAGAUUUCUCAUCCAGUUUCGUCUUUCAAGAUUUCACCGCUAACAAUAACGAUAUCUCUUUGGAGAGCACCAUUGAAUAUUUGCAUCCUAAUUUAAUUAACCAUUUAUCUGCACCUAGCCAUCAAUCUGAUCUUUACUCCAUGGGGCUUACUCUGCUAACAUUUAUCACGGGCCAAGAACCUUUCCAUAAUUCAAUGGACAAUGAAUAUAAUAAUAAAAUCUCCCGAUUAACUUAUUUGAUUGAAAUGAUCAAUAAGAGAGAUCCAAUCAAAUACAAUUUACAAUUUGUAACGGACAGUUCCACUAUGGAGAAAAAUUGGCAAUUCGAAAUUAAUUUAAUUAAAAAUAAUUUUUUCAAUGAUUUAUAUUCCUAA